AUGUUUUCGUCUCAGAAAGAAUCGAGGAAAGGCAAUGCGCGUGAAAAGACGGGCAGCAAGACAAUAAAUACUUUUGAUAAAAUGCAAGGUUUGAAUCAGCCGGCAAAAUUGUUUGAUAAUAAAUUUGUGGUCACCGUUUUGAGGAACACACGUUGUUGUCCUAAAUGCCGCAGCGAAUAUUCAACGAAUUAUGAUCUCCGUAUGGGCGAUUUGCAUGUGAAAAGCAAUCGACCCUUUCUACUUACCUGCGGGCAUAAUAUGUGCGAAAAUUGCAUUUAUCAAAAUCACCAGAAUCUCGUUUGCAGCGUUUGCCAACUACCAAUCGUCAUAGAGAAACGCAACAAUGCACCCACAUCACCAAGUAGUCACGCUUUACACCAAAAACAACAACGCCAUUACGCACAACAUAAACAAGAGAAUUUCAAUGUACGCGAUUACUUUUACAUGAAUUUCUUUUUAAUUGGCGAACUAAAUCAUUUACGUUUCUAUCGACGUGAAAGUUCGGCAAAUAACACCUUAAUGAUAUCCACUCACAGUCCCUCGUCGCCAACAUCCAGUGGAAAUCGUACACUGGCACCAGGCAUACAAGUGUCACCGCAACGUUUUGUUGAGCGCUGCAGCGAAUGCGAACUGGAACCGGCAGUGGGCUUGUGUCGCCAAUGUACUGUGCACUACUGCCGCAUUUGUUACGAUUCGAUACACAUGUAUGGCAAGGCGCUCAAACGGCACUCGUUCGUAACGCUUGACAAAGAGCGUCAAGCCGGCAAGGAGACGCAAUUACCGCGUCCCGCUUACUGUCAGCAUCACAGACGCGUCAAAGAUCGCUAUUGUCACACAUGCAAGUUGAUUUGUUGUUAUGUGUGUGUGCAAAAGAUGCAUAAAUGUCACCACGGCAUGUUAUUGGUCAAUGAGAAUGAAGGUUUGCAGGAUGAAAUCGGCACUAUUUUGGAAUCGGUGAAAAUGUCACGUGAGAAUCUGCGUAAAUCACAGAAGGAUGUUAAAGCCAUUGAACUGCAGCUGGAGGAAUAUGCCACACAGUGCCUCAAAGACGUAUCUGACUAUUUUCUACAAUUACACAGUUUCCUACAAAAUGAAGAGGCACGUAUUUUAGAAGAUUUUCAUCACCAAUGUGUAGAUCCGCAAAAGACAAUACGCGAUGCGUUUUCAAAACUCGGCGAAACUCAGAGUAUUCUAAAUAAAAUGCGUUCAGAAUUGGAGCAAUAUCAACAAAAAGUACCAACGGAUAUUUAUUUACGUCAAGUAUUUGACAUUUACAAUACACAAUUGGAGCAAAUCGAUUGCCGCGCACAAAUUUCGAAACUCAACAAAAAUCCUUUCAUUUUUGAGGUUAAACACGACAUGCGUAAAGAUUUCGCACAAUUCUUCGCCUAUCGUUACGUUGAUCCGAAGAUUGACAUUCGUUUACAGUCCAUAUAUAGUGAUUUGAAUCGUACCUUUCCCGAAGCAAAAUCCGAUUCGUCCGAUCAGAUGGAUGUGGACUGUUACAUCGAGAAGCAUAAACGUAAAAAUAACGAACGUAAUAAGAAGAAAAAACAGCAAACUCUGCGUCGUAAUGACACCGAAAGCGGUUCGAAUAGUAAAACAUCUGACACAUCACAAUCUCAAGAACAUUUGUUGCGCGACAAAGAGUUGGUGCGCAUCAGUUAUGCAAAGUCACCGGAACAUUUCUAUGUGCAAACGAAGAGCGCAAUUCACCAAAUACGCGAACUCUCCAAUAUGUAUGUGAAUUUCAUGCAAAACGACAUAAUACCGAAGGUCAUCACUGAGGGCCAAUGCUACAUGACCUAUCACAGCGAUGAUAAGCAAUGGUAUCGUGGCGUGGUUAAGAGAGCACUAACUAACGAUUUGUAUAAGGUGUUUUUGGUCGAUAUUGGCAUGCAGAUAGAGGUGCCAAAAGUACGAUUCUGCGAAAUUGAUAGUAAAUCGCUGAACAUUCCCUUCGCGGCCAUACGUUGUGCCAUACAUGACCUAAUGCCUGUUGGCAAAUCAUGGAACGAAGAAGCCAACAAUCUAUUAAUCGAAAUUACAAACAAUCAAUUCGUACGCGUCAGCAUUGUCGAACGCAUUAAAGAGAAUAUGCUGACGGUGGAUCUGAUCACGACUUCUGGUGAAGACACUAUAUCGGUGCGUGAAUCUUUUUUAUACACGGGCCUGGCGCGGGAGAUGUCAGGUGCAGCAAAUAUGCUAUCGCCACUUAAGAAAAUAUCUCCCAUGGCGCGUACCAAUCAAAGACUACCAAAAUAUUCGUUUCAUAAUGGAGAUAUGUUGAUCGUAAAAGUGACAAAUAUAGAGACUCCUCUUAUGUUCUAUGUCAUUAAGUUGGACGCUAUUGAGGCGGCACUGAGCUUGAAAACUGAAUUAAAUUUGCAAUACAAUCACCCGAAUGUGACACGGCAACCUAUUUUCUUAGCACUACCACAAAUGAGUUGUGCUGUGCGCAUCGAGGAUGUAUGGCACAGAGCACGGAUUGAGGAAAUACACGGCGGCGGAAAAAUAAGUGUGCUGCUCGUAGACGAGGGCGCACAACACGAAGUCAAUUGGCGUCAAAUUUUUCCACUAAUAAAUAAAUUCCGCUCCCACAAAGAGUUUGCCAUCAAAUGCGCUUUGGCCGAUGUUGAACCAUUGCAAGAGAAUAGCUAUGCUUGGACGACCGAAGCUAUACGAGAAUUCAGCCAAUUGGCUGCUAAUCCCACUCUCCAAAUGACAAUCUUAUCAACGAAUCAACCUACAAUUCGUGUCACAUUGCAUGUCUGCAAGAAGCAUAUGGAUAUAAAUAUCGGCGCCAUGCUCGUAAACCAUGGUCACUGUGUGGCGACUGGCGAGAGUUCUCAAGUGGUUGAAGUUUUCAAAACGCCGAAGAAACGCGUGAGCUUGCCGCUUAACUCAUUAACAGAUGGCACACAAUUCAGCCAAGGCAAUGCCAAGGGCAAAGAAUUGACAAUACAGGACGUGAAAUCGGAUGCCAAUAACGCAGUAGCAUCAGCGAAAGAAAGCACCAGCAACCCAAUGAAAUUGCUCAAACGUACACCUAUCAAGGUUAUACAUGUCGUGGAUCCUGGCGAGUUUUACAUACAAAUAGCCAGUCUAACAACGGGUAUUGCUAAGUUUCACAAUCAACUUCAGCAGGCACAAAACGUUGACCUAUCGAACACGUCAAGUUUCUCAAUGUGUUCGCAAAGCCCGAACAACUGGUUUGUUGGCAAUCACUGCUUGGUCUAUACGAAAUAUGGAAAUUGUGUUAAUAAGCAUGCGCCCGCUGCAACUUCGUCCAGUCCAAGUGAAUGGUAUCGUGCUAUUAUAAUCUCUAUAAAAUCCGACAUCGACGCCGAUUUAUAUACCGUAUUCUUACGGGACAUUGGCGCAACCAUAUCAGGUAUUACGAGCGCACAACUCCGCGUUAUAGAUAAUCAGUGGGAUCGUGUAACGAAUGCAGUACAUCGCUGCCACUUGGCCUGUGUUGAACCAACUGGUGGCAUGACUGCUUGGACACAUUCCGCCAUUGAUUGUUUCCAGCACACGGUCAGCUCGUUUGAGUCUCUCUCGGCCACUUUACAAGGUAAACGUAUGCCCGGUUCCAACUCAUUGCCCAUCGUGCUUUGGGGUACAAUCACUGAAACUGAAGAUCCGUUAGCGCCUUGCAUAACCAAGCAUUCCAUAAUCAAUCGUAUAUUAGUGAAAGCCGGUCUCGCACAUUCCGUACAACGUUUAGACAUAACAGAACAACUGGAUAAAUUGUUAGAAAUGGAGCUUGCAGAGGGCGAGAUUACUAUGGAAGAGUGGAAUAAGAAUUUUGCAAGCAAUGUCGUGCUGAAAGAAAUUGAUCGACAUGCCCAUCACCCCGCAAAUGCCUUCAAUGCCUUCGACACCGAUAAUUCGAUGAAAACUGACGACCCCGAUACCAAAAAUAUACCCGAUGUGGAUUUCUCCAUAGACUUUGCCAUAGAUGGUAAGGCCUGCGGUGAGCCUACAGUUUUCACUUCGAAAGCGCCAGAGGCUUGGCUGCAAUCAAAGCCAUUACAUAAGUCAAUUUUCGCCGCCAUACCAACCUAUGUGGAUUAUGAAGCGGUCAUCUAUUUACACGAUGCCAAUGAUGAGGCGCUGCUUAAACUGAUACGAGAAAGGAUUAUGAAAACUUAUGGUGAAUAUAAGUUGCCAACAACUUUUGUACCUAUAUAUACAGUGGGUCAGGCGUGCUUGGUGCGCUAUCAUGUGGAUAAACGUUUCUACCGUGGCAUCAUACAGAAGAGGAAGAAAGAAGAUUUUAUUGUACAAUUCAUUGACUAUGGUAAUGUGGAGUCGGUGCAAUCGUCCGACUUACUGCCGUUUGCGCCAUUUCCGAAGUUACAACGCAUAGCACAUAAAUAUCGCAUCGAAGGGAUACGUGCCAAAUCGGAAGGUGGUGUUUACACCACAGAUGUACUUGAUAUUAUACAUGUUACAGUUGUUGAGAAGCUGGUUUCCAUACGUGUGGCUGCUACAGAGCUACAAAAUUCGAUAAAGGCAUGCAAUAUGCGUUUGGGCAAUAUGGAUGUUGCAGAGUAUCUCAUCGGCGCCGGACAUGUUGAACGAGAUACUUUGCUAAUAGCUGGGUCUCAAAAUAAAAAGGGAGAUAAGUUCAACCCUUGUUAUAAAAACCUAAAAACAAUGCUUGACAUCGAAUCGACUACGGAUAAAAUUGGCGAACUUACAAACGAGUACAGGGCAUUGCCCAUAAUGGAAGCGGAUAAAAUGUUCCAAUUCAAGCACAUUAAAUCUGACUUUCUUGAACUCAAUGAGGACAACAAAAGCGAUAAAGAAACCGACGAUGAUGAUGAAAGCGACAACAACGACGACACAGUCAACGAUUGCCUCGAUCAGCUGAUUUACAAUUUGGACAAACGCGAGGAUCACUCAGAUAGCGAUGACAGUCCUAACGAUGAAUUAAAUAAUGCGCUCUCACCAUUGCAGGCAGCGCAAGCGGCACAAUUAGCGUUGCAAGAGCAACAAAAAACACGCCAACACUCAUUUACGCCACCCUGCAAGAAGCGCAUGUUCGACUCCAACGAGUACAAGCAAUUGCAUAAGCAAAUGUUGCUUGAGAAUUUGUAUGGCAGCGAGAAUUUCAUGAAAAACGAAUUGGCCGCAAUACAAUGUGAUAAUGGUGCUGAUGGUGCAGACGGCACUGGUGGUCUCGCUGCCAGUUGGGGCAUUGGGGAGGAUGAUGAGGAUGCCGCUAUUGUUGAGUUAGAGCAAAGUUUUGCACUGAAUUAUUGGCAUACAACUUCCGAUGAAACCGAGCGUCAAAAGGAGAAAGAUAAGAAAAAAACAAAGGAAGAGGAAAAGCUUAAACGUAGAGAAUCGGAAAUUCGCAACAGCGGUAGUUUUGCUCUACGUACAAAUCCGGAGCUCGAAACAUCUGCAUUUGAUCGCUUCUACCCGGAUGAAACAUCAUCGGUUUUCUCACAUUUCAGCGGCAUUGAAUGUUUUCGAAUGCCACAAAUACCGGUGGGUAAACGUUCCUUUGAAUGCAGCGUUGCUUCUGUUGUUACACCGACAAUUGUGCAAAUUUUACCACAUCUCACCGAAUUCGAGUAUCGCGAAUUGGAACUGCAGCGCCGCAUCAAACAUUUAGUAAAAUCCGCGCCCGCUCUCGCCCAAUAUGAGCCGCGCACCAUUUGCCUAACGCAAUACCAUAAGGACAAGAAAUGGUAUCGCGCUCUAAUACGCUCCCACAAUCCCGUCGCCAAGCAAGUGGAUGUGCUCUUCGUCGACUACUUGAACACGGCAUCGGUGCCGAUCACACAACUCAAGCAAUGUCCGCUGGAAUUGGUCAGUUGGCCAUUGCGCACAAUACGCGCACGUCUCCAUGGGCUGGUAGCGAAUCCGCGUCUGCGCGAAAAGGACAUUCGACAAGCCCUGCAGAAUAUAGUGCUCAAGCGCACAUUGGUCGCACGCAUUGCCAAAGAGUCGAAGCAUCUUGACAACUCGAUAGCCAUAAGUAUGAGUGAUUUCAUACGUCAAGACGGUAUUGGCAGCUUGAGCACUGCCUCUGCUUCGGGUACGCUCUCUGGUGCUGGCACCUAUCAGCAGAACACGGAGCAUAUUAUGGAAGUGCAUUUAUACGAUCCCGAUACGUAUGCACGUAAACAGAAGGACGCUUAUGUCUAUCUGCCGCUUAUACAAGACAGUUUCUACUCCUAUAAAAACUCAUAGGAGAAAUAAAAAAUCUUUUUGAAAUUUAUUUGCUCUUUAUUACCCUCUUAUGGGCCGUAUAGUUACCCAUAAUAUUAAUGUUUAUAAAUGAAUUCACUCAUAAUUUCAUUAUUUUCUACUUUAAGUUUCAUCAUACUAUACUCUUUCAUUUCAAUUAUUAUUCAUAGUGUUGGAUUUGUUGCACGGGAAAUGUUAAUCGUGAAUUAUUAAACAUUCCCAAAACAUUUGUUAUAUUUUAUUCUCUAUGAAUUUGAGAUACGUUUGCAUUUAUUUUUAUUAAUACAGAAAUACAAAGAAUUGAAUGUUUUACAUUUUUGAAAUCGUAGUUUUCCUAUGAAAUAACGGUGAUAGGGACCUGCGAGAACUGCAUCGAACACUUUCAAAGUUGGAGUUCUUUCGUCUGUUCGGACAACUUGACCUAACCAGCGUAGCCACGUUUUAUUGGACUAUAUAAAUAUCGUCAAACAAUUCAUACAGCUCAUCGUUCCAUCGUCUGCGGUAUUCGCCGUUGCCAAUGUUUAAGGGACCAUAAAUCUUCCGCAAAACUUUUCUCUUGAAAACUCCAAGAAUCAUCUCAUCGGAUGUUGCCGUCGUACACGCUUCUGCAUCAUACGUCAGGACGGGAAUGAUGAGAGACUUGUAGAGUUUGGUUUUUGUUUGUCGAGAGUGGACUGUACUUUUCAAUUGCUCACUCAGUCCAGUAGCACCUGUUGGCUAAAUUGAUUCUGCGUUGGAUUUCGAGAAAAUUUUGUUAGAUCAGAAGGUACUUAUCUUGGGGGGCAUGCAAAAAGGUUGAUAGUGAGAAGAGUAACUGAACUCUUUGCUACAGGACAUUGUUAGAUAAGUUAGUGUCGUCUGGAUAACAUGGGUUUAAUCUACUUUAACAUUUACGAAGGAUCAUUCUAGUGGCCCCCAUUUAGCUCCAAGGACGACAUUUCCCGGAACGCAGUAAAGUUAAGGUGCUAAUAACUUCUAAUAGCGCUAGAAUUCUGGCCGAUUAAGUUUUUUAUCAAUUUAAUCAUUAUGUAUAACAUACAACUCGAUUUCUUUUGGAUGGCCACCACGGGCAUGUUUGCAGAAAUCCCGAGGCGACCGACGCUGAACCUAAUUUUUGACGAUUUUCAAACAUGCUGCUUUUUCAUGUUCGAUAUUCGUACGAAGUUCAUCAAUCGCCGUGGCUUGUUGGCAUAUACCAUAGACUUGACGCCAAUGACGCAUAUUUGCUUAUUGACGAAGUCAUUCAGUCAGAAAUGAGCCUCAUCGCUACCCUUAAAGUUGAGCCCACUGACUCCGAAAUUCGGCAGUAACUUUUAAUAAUUUCGACUCAUUGUUGGAUCUUAUAUCUUUCCAUGAUGAAAUGGCAAACCUUACUGAAGAGAAAUGUUAAAAGAGUGGGAAAAAAUAUACCGAUAUCGGUCUACUUUUGUAGCGUUCCUUUUGAAAACCCCUUUAUGUAUUUAUAUUAAAUAUUUCGAGCUCGUUAUCCCUGGUUAACUAUUCACUGACAUUGUAGUACUUAAGAUGGAUUUUAUGUAACACAUGUACACCUAGCUGAGGUGGUAGCAGAAAAAAUCUGAAGUUGGAUUGCGGAGAAGAAGUCAGAAGCCCCAGUGAUAACGAACUUAUACUUACCAAUAAAAAUAGAACUCAAACGCUGAAUAGACAACCCUUGUGCGAUUAAAAAUCCGUGUCCGUUCCGAUUAGGUAUCGUAAUGGACCUGACUCUAGUGAGAAUCCCAUUCGGGUUAGUUAGAUGAGGACGCUUAAUACAAAUGCAUUGUUUUAUUGUAAAUAAAAUAUUUUGCAUUUUAUUUUGCUUUUUGCUUUGUUUAUCUUUACAUAAUCACUUCCUUUACAUGCACACGUAUUAGCAAUAUAAAUACAUACAUAUACAUAUAGUUAAUUGGCUUCUUUACAACUUAGUAAACAAAUCUGCAAUGCAAUGCUAUGCAAUGUGCUAUCUAAACGAAUUGACAUUUUCAAGUUAAUACCAAUUCGAGUUGAAUUCAUUAUUGUAUUUAUUUAUAUAUUAUAUAUUAUAUUAUAUGUGUGUUUUGUGUUGUUGUGUAUUGCUUCGAGACUAGUCCACGUGUGUACUAAAAUGUAGUUAAUACUUAGUAGCAUAGUGUGUGUGUAUGUAUGUAUAUUCGUCAAUUUACAAUCAAAGAUUUGAAAACUUACAAGAAUUUAAAACGAUAUGC